AAUGCAACAAUUACAUGUUUGCCCAACGGAACGUGGUCAACACCGCCGACAUGCAAUGUUAUACGCUGUAAAAUACCACCGAAUGUAAAUAGCAGCAGCACUUUUGCCAACUGGAGUGGAGAUGUUAACAGCAACGCAUCUUUAGUAGCAAGCUGUUACUCUGGGUACACUAUGUCUGGUAAUUCAACAAUAACAUGUUUGCCCAACGGAACGUGGUCAACUCCGCCGACAUGCAAUGUUAUACGCUGCCAGACACCACCCGGUGUGAAUGGCACCAGCACUUUUAUUAACUGGACUGGAGAGGUGAACAGCAACGCAACUUUAGAAGCCAGCUGUUACUCUGGGUACAAUAUGUCUGGUAAUGCAACAAUGAAAUGCCUGCCCAACGGAACGUGGUCAACACCGCCGACAUGCCAUGUUAUACACUGCAAAAGAGCACCGAAUGUUAUUAGCAACAGCACUUUUACAAACUGGAGUGGAGAUGUUAACAGCAACGCAUCGUUAGUAGCAAGCUGUUACUCUGGGUACAAUAUGUCUGGUAAUUCAACAAUUACAUGUUUGCCCGACGGAACGUGGUCAACGCCGCCGACAUGCAAUGUUAUACGCUGCCAGACACCACCCGGUGUGAAUGGCACCAGCACUUUUAUUAACUGGACUGGAGAGGUGAACAGCAACGCAACUUUAGAAGCCAGCUGUUACCCUGGGUACAAUAUGUCUGGUAAUGCAACAAUGAAAUGCCUGCCCAACGGAACGUGGUCAACACCGCCGACAUGCCAUGUUAUACGUAAGUCAAAUAGUUUUCUUGUGAUGCUGUUUACAACUAGUUUCUCCUCAACAUGCUAUCAUUAG